UUUGGAUAUCUGUCCAGCAAAAUGACAAAUUUAAGUGGCUGGGAUUGCCGCUUCAUUUUCCCUGCAUUCAUUCUUGAAUAAGCAGAAGGCUUCUUCCUUAUCUUUGACUUCAUUGAGGAGAAACAAUGGUGACUGCCAGCACGAAGGAAGCUCAAGAAGGAGGGGAAUCCAGUUAUGAUCGAAAAAGUGAAUUAAAAGCCUUUGAUGACUCAAACCUUGGAGUAAAGGGACUCGUAGAUGCAGGGAUCACAAAGAUUCCACGGAUAUUCAUCAAUGAGCAAAAUAAGCUUGACAUGAGCUCUAACAAUCCUCACUUGAGUGUUCCAAUUAUAGACUUGGAAAGCUUUGACAAAGAUGCAGUUGUCCGGGCUGAAAUAAUCAACCAAAUCCGUGAUGCUUGCAAGAAGUGGGGUUUCUUUCUGGUGAUCAAUCAUGAAAUUCCAGAAAGUGUUUUGAGUGAAAUGAUUGAUGGGAUAAGAAGAUUUCAUGAGCAAGAUGGUGAAGCCAAGAAGGAGUGGUAUACGCGUGAUUACUCAAGAAAGGUUACAUAUAGUAGUAAUUUUGAUCUUUAUCAAGCAUCCUCAACUAAUUGGAGGGACACCUUUGCUUGUACCUUGGCUCCUGAUCCACCUCAACCCGAGCAAUUGCCUGCAGUGUGCAGAGAUAUACUGAUGGAAUACUUGAAGCACGUAAGGAGACUGGGUUUUAGCCUCUUUGAAUUACUAUCAGAAGCACUUGGCCUCCAUCCAAACCAUUUGAAAAACAUGGAAUGUGCUGAGGGGAUUCUCCUUCUGGGCCAUUACUAUCCAGCGUGCCCUGAACCAGAACUAACUCUGGGCACCAGCAGCCACACAGAUGCUGACUUCAUUACCAUACUUAUACAAGACCAAAUGGGUGGCCUCCAAGUUCUUCAUGAGGAUCAAUGGGUCAAUAUCCCACCCAUAUCAGGAGCUUUGGUAAUAAACGUUGGAGAUCUUCUGCAGUUUGUGUCUAAUGGUAACUUCAAAAGCUCGGAACACAGAGUACUAGCAAAAAAUGUAGGCCCGAGAAUUUCAGUGGCAUGCUUUUUCAGAAAAAUUAUUCCGGUAGAGAAUACCACAAGACUGUAUGGGCCAAUCAAGGAGUUACUAUCAGAAGAUAACCCUCCUAUAUACAGGCAGGAAAACUUCCCAAAUGAGUAUCUCAUGCACUACGACUCAAAAGGAUUGGAUGGCACCUCUUCAUUACUACGUUUUAAGUUAAACGACAUCAAAGUUCCAGUUGUAGAUAUGAGUGGCGUCCAGAAAGGUGAUCGGCACAGGGAGAUUGUUGAAGAAGUCCGGAUUGCAUCAGAGGAGUGGGGCUUUUUCCAAGUUGUGAAUCACGGAAUCCCCUCAAAUGUGCUGGAAGAAAUGGUCAAUGGGAUACGAGUGUUUAAUGAACAAGAUCCUGAGGUCAAGAAAGAGUACUAUUCUCGUGAUAUGAUGAGGAAAGUAAAAUUCAACAGCAAUUAUGAUCUCUUCCAUUCGCGGGCUGCUAACUGGAGGGACACUUUGACAAUUUCCCUUACUUCAGAUGGCCUUGACCCCCAAGAAUUGCCAGCGAUCUGCAGAGAGGCAACAACUGAGUACAUAAAGCAUGUUAUGAAGCUGGGGGACGUUCUUUUUGAGUUAUUAUCAGAGGCCCUUGGACUCAAACCAGACCACCUAAGAGCCAUGGGAUAUACUGAAGGGAGCAGCACCAUGGUCUGCCACUACUAUCCAGCAUGCCCAGAGCCAGAACUUACUAUGGGCACUAGCAAGCACACUGAUCCUGCAACCCUUACUAUUCUUUUGCAAGACCAAAUUGGUGGCCUCCAAGUCUUUCAUGAAAACCAGUGGGCUGAAGUUCACCCCAUUGCAGGAAGCCUAGUCAUAAAUAUAGGGGACUUUCUCCAGGUUAUGUCAAAUGGCAAGCUUAAAAGCGUCUAUCACAGAGUGGUUGCCAACCAUGUCGGACCAAGAAUUUCAACAGCAUACUUUUUCUCAGGAGCUAGAACUGAGCCAGCGAAGCUCUGCGGCCCACUCAAAGAGUUGAUAUCAGAGGAGAACCCCCCUGUGUACAGAGAUUUCCUAGUGGCUGAAUAUAUUGGGAAAUUUAUGUCCAAGGGGCUAGAUGACGAUUCUGGCCUUGAUUAUUUCAAGCUGUGAAGCAAGAAAAUGAAAUUCGUAGAAAUCAAACUCAUAACUGAAUAAAGUUCAUGAAACUCAUUGAAUUGUGGAAUGUAACCUCUGCCUUGUUAUCUGCUUACUAUUAGUUGUUUUG